AUGGCAAAUUCUGAAAGUACUGAGGAAAUGCAUGAAAAUCAUUGGAGAAAUAGUAAACUCCAGGAACAACUGCCUAAAGUGAGAAAGCAAGCUGUUGGACCUAUUGAGAUUUUCCGCUUUGCUAAUGGACUGGAUAUCACACUCAUGAUCCUGGGAAUAUUGGCAUCACUGGUAAAUGGAGCCUGUCUUCCUUUAAUGUCCCUGGUUUUAGGAGAAAUGAGUGAUUACCUUAUUAGUGGAUGUCUAGUUCCAACCAAUACAACAAAUUCCUGGAACUGUACUCAGUCCCAAGAGAAGCUGAAUGAAAACGUGAUUGUGUUGACCAUGUAUUAUGUUGGAAUAGGCGUCGCCGCCUUGGUUUUCGGCUACGUACAGAUUUCCUUCUGGAUGAUGACUGCAGCGCGACAGACCAAGAUCAUUCGAAAACAGUUCUUCCAUUCGAUUUUGGCACAGGACGUCAGCUGGUUUGAUGGCUGUGACAUCGGUGAACUUAACAAUCGCAUGAUUGAUGACAUCAACAGAAUCAGCGAUGGCAUCGGAGACAAGAUUGCUCUACUGUUUCAAAACCUGUCUACUUUUUCUAUUGGCCUGGUGAUUGGUUUGGUGAAGGGCUGGAAGCUGACCCUGGUGACUCUGUCCACUUCUCCUCUCAUAAUGGCUUCGGCGGCCGCGUGUUCUAGGACGGUCGUCUCAUUGACCAAUAAGGAAUUAAGUGCCUAUUCCAAAGCUGGGGCUGUAGCAGAAGAAGUCUUGUCAUCAAUCCGAACAGUGAUAGCCUUUGGGGGCCAGGAGAAAGAACUUCAAAGGUAUACACAGAAUCUCAAAGAUGCAAAGGAUGUUGGCAUAAAAAAGGCUAUAGUUUCAAAACUAUCUCUCGGUGCCGUGUACUUCUUUAUGAAUGGAACCUACGGACUGGCAUUUUGGUAUGGAACCUCCUUGAUUCUUCACGGAGAACCUGGUUAUACCAUAGGAACUGUUCUUGCUGUUUUCUUCAGUGUAAUUCAUAGUAGUUACUGCAUUGGAGCAGCAGCCCCUCACUUUGAAACCUUCACCAUAGCUCGAGGAGCCGCUUUUAAUAUUUUUCAGGUUAUUGAUAAGAAACCCAGUAUAAAUAACUUUUCAACCACUGGACAUAAGCCUGACUGCAUAGAAGGAACUGUGGAAUUUAAAAAUGUUUCCUUCAGCUAUCCUUCAAGACCAUCUAUCAAGAUUCUGAAAGGUCUGGAUCUCACAAUUAAGUCUGGAGAGACGGUAGCCUUGGUUGGCCCCAAUGGCAGCGGGAAGAGCACGGCAGUCCAGCUUCUGCAGAGGUUGUAUGAUCCUGAUGAUGGCUUUAUCACGGUGGACGGGAAGGACAUCAGAGCUUUAAAUGUGCGGUAUUACCGAGAACAUAUCGGAGUGGUCAGACAAGAGCCUGUUCUGUUCGGGACCACCAUCAGCAAGAACAUUAAGUGUGGGCGAGAUGGCGUGACGGAUGAAGAGAUGGAGAAAGCAGCAAAGGAAGCAAAUGCUUAUGAUUUCAUCAUGGAGUUUCCCAAUAAAUUUAAUACAUUGGUAGGAGAAAAAGGAGCUCAAAUGAGUGGAGGGCAGAAACAGAGAAUCGCGAUUGCCCGAGCUUUAGUUCGAAACCCCAAGAUUUUGAUUUUAGAUGAGGCAACGUCGGCGCUGGAUACGGAGAGCGAAUCAGUGGUCCAGGCCGCGCUGGAGAAGGCCAGCAAAGGCCGGACGACAAUCGUGGUGGCACAUCGCCUUUCCACGAUUAGGAACGCAGAUCUGAUCGUGACCAUAAAGGACGGGGCUGUGGCGGAGAAAGGAACGCACGCUGAGCUAAUGGCAAAGCAAGGUCUAUAUUAUUCACUUGCGCUGUCCCAGGACAUUAAAAAAGUGGAUGAACAAAUGGGGUCAGUGACAGAUUCUACUGAAAGCAAUCCCAGCUCCACUCCUCUGUGCUCUAUGAAUAGUGUCAAAUCAGACUUCAUUGACAAGUCUGAAGAAUCCAUCUGUAAAGAGACAAGUCUUCCUGAAGUUUCUCUAUUAAAAAUUUUCAAGUUAAACAAGUCUGAAUGGCCUUUUGUUCUUCUGGGGACAAUAGCUUCUAUUCUAAAUGGAACUGUCCAUCCAAUAUUUUCUAUCAUCUUUGCAAAAAUUGUAACUAUGUUUGAAGAUAAUAAUAAAACCACAUUAAAGCAUGAUGCAGAAAUUUAUUCCAUGAUAUUUGUGAUUUUGGGUAUUAUUUGCUUUGUCAGUUAUUUGAUGCAGGGCUUAUUUUUUGGCAGAGCAGGGGAAAUCUUAACCAUGCGGUUAAGACACUUGGCAUUUAAAGCCAUGUUAUAUCAGGAUAUCGCCUGGUUUGACGAUAAGGAAAACAGCACGGGAGCCUUGACAACAAUAUUAGCUAUAGAUGUAGCACAAAUUCAAGGAGCAACAGGUUCAAGAAUUGGUGUCUUAACACAAAAUGCAACUAACAUGGGGCUGUCAGUGAUCAUUUCUUUCAUAUACGGAUGGGAGAUGACACUCCUGAUUCUCAGUAUUGCUCCAGUGCUUGCUCUGACAGGAAUGAUCGAAACCGCAACAAUGACUGGAUUUGCCAGCAAGGACAAGCAAGAACUUCAGCGUGCUGGAAAGAUCGCAACUGAAGCUGUGGAGAAUAUGCGUACAAUCGUGUCAUUAACAAGGGAAAAAGCCUUUGAGCAAAUGUAUGAAGAGACGCUUCAGACGCAACACAGAAAUACCUUGAAGAAAGCACAGAUCAUCGGAAGCUGCUAUGCAUUCAGCCACGCUUUCAUAUAUUUUGCCUAUGCAGCAGGGUUUAGAUUUGGAGCCUAUUUAAUUCAAGCUGGACGAAUGACCCCAGAGGGCAUGUUCAUAGUUUUCACUGCAAUUGCAUAUGGGGCUAUGGCCAUGGGAGAGACACUUGUUCUGGCACCUGAAUAUUCCAAAGCCAAAUCUGGGGCUGCACAUCUUUUUGCUUUGUUGGAAGAAAGACCAACCAUAGGCAGCGACAGUCAAGAAGGGAAGAAACCAGACACGUUCGAAGGGAAUUUAGAGUUUCGCGACGUCUCUUUCUUCUAUCCGUGUCGCCCAGAUGUGUUCAUCCUCCAUGGUUUAUCCCUCAGUAUUGAGAAAGGGAAAACAGUAGCAUUCGUUGGGAGCAGCGGCUGUGGGAAGAGCACUUCUGUUCAACUUCUGCAGAGAUUUUAUGACCCCGUGAAAGGACAAGUGCUAUUUGAUGGUAUAGAUGGAAAAGAAUUGAAUGUGCAGUGGCUCCGUUCCCAAAUAGCAAUCGUGUCUCAGGAGCCCGUGCUCUUCAACUGCAGCAUUGCUGAGAACAUCGCCUAUGGUGAUAACAGCCGCGCUGUGCCAUUAGAGGAGAUCAAAGAAGUCGCCAACGCCGCAAACAUCCAUUCUUUUAUCGAAGGUCUCCCUGAGAAAUACAACACACAAGUCGGACUGAAAGGAACGCAGCUUUCCGGCGGCCAGAAACAAAGACUAGCUAUUGCAAGGGCUCUUCUCCAAAAACCAAAAAUUUUAUUGUUGGACGAAGCCACUUCGGCCCUUGAUAAUGACAGUGAAAAGGUGGUUCAGCAUGCCCUUGAUCAAGCCAGGAUGGGGAGGACCUGCCUCAUGGUCACUCACAGACUCUCCACAAUACAGAAUGCAGAUUUGAUAGUGGUUCUGCACAAUGGAAAAAUAAAGGAACAGGGAACUCAUCAAGAGCUCCUAAGAAAUCGAGAUGUCUACUUUAAAUUAGUAAAUGCACAGUCAGUGCAGUGAUGCUGUUGAGUUAGCACAUAUUUUGAUCUCUGUGUAAUGCAAAGAA